AUGUCGUUGGUGCAGCAUUUGAUCCCAGAAGACGAGUUUGAGCCCGAUUGGCCAGAUUCGGACGACAGCAGCUGCAUCGCCGCCGCCGAGCAACUUGCCCAAGUCGGCGGCUCGUGGCGGCGCAUGAGCUUCGAUGCGUUUGCGCCUGUGCGACCAAACUUUGACCUGACAGAGGACAAGCAGCACCGAGAGGCUGCCUAUAGAGCGUCGACCCUGCGAAGAAUUAUCCAAGUUGCGCUCGCAGUCAGCUUUUGCUUUCUGGCAUCCGGCAUCGUGUUUGGCUUUGCGUCCAUCAAGCCGAUUCUCGUGUCCGAAGGCGUCUACAGCGAAUCUUGCAAGCAUGGUGGAAAAGGCAAGGACGGGAGCGGCAGCAGAGCGCCGUGCGCGGAGCAGGAAAUACGGCUGAAUCUACUCUUCAUCGUGGCGUCCGUGACGACCAACACGUCCAGCCUCUUUGCAGGGUACACACUGGAUCGCUUCGGCCGACGGUGGUGCGCGACGGUGGCGGCGGGCUUCUUGGCGGUGGGCGCGUUGAUGAUGGCCUCACAUGGCAGGUUCUACAAGCUGGACGGGUACCUGCCGGGCUUCUUCUUCCUGAGUCUGGGCGGGACGUUUCUCUUUCUCCCUAGCUUCCAGUUAUCCAAUGCAUUUCCAAAGUACGCGGGGCUGGUCGUGGCCCUGAUAACCUGCGCGUUCGACGCCUCGUCCGCCGUCUUCUUCCUCUACCGCCUCGCCUGGGACGCCGCCCCCGGCAUGACAAUGGCCAAGUUCUUCCUGGCCUACCUGUGCGUCCCGGCCGCCAUUGUCCUCGCCGAGUGGACCGUCAUGCCGAAGCAGCGCUACCACACCCUGCCCGAGCUCGAGCGCAAGAUGGUCAAGGUCCAGGAGGAGCUCGCCGCCGUGUACGACUCGGACGACGACCUUUCAGACACGCACUCGCUGCUGCGCGUGCGCAGCCGCGCCGAGCAGAGGCGCGACAAGCUGGACCGCAUCCAGGAGAUUGCGGGCGACGUCGGCGAGCGCCAGGACCGGAUGCUGCAGCAGCAGAGCGACGGCGGCAUCUGGGGCAGGCUGCACGGCCAGCCGGUCAAGGCGCAGAUGCGGACGCCGUUUUUCGCGCUCCUGCUGUCCGUCACGGCGUUUCAGAUGCUGCGCAUGAACUUUUUCAUUGCGACAAUCGGGUCGCAGUACCGGUACAUGGUCGGCCUGGACGGCGAGGCGGCCAUUGCCAGCUUUUUCAACGCCGCGCUGCCCAUUGGCGGCGUGGCUGCCACGCCGCUCAUCGCGUUGCUGCUCAACAGCUGCAGCGUCGCCACGGUUCUGAGCGUCAUGACGGCGUAUGUGGCGGUGAUGGGCGUGUUCAACUGCUUCUCGUCUGUGCCGGCGGGCAUUGCGACCGUGGUCAUUUUUGUGACGUUUCGGCCGUUUUACUACUCUGCUGUUUCGUACACGGCGUCCAAGAUUUUCGGCUUUGCCACUUUUGGCCGAGUGUACGGGACCGUCAUCUGCGUGUCGGGCGUCUUCAACCUGGUCCAGCCCGCGGUGGAAAGCUGGCUGAGCGUACAGCUGCAAGGGAAUCCGCUGGUGCUCAAUAUUGCCUUUGGUGUCGUCGGCACCGUCUUGGCUGCCAUGUUUACGGGCUACGUACAAUGGCAGAGCCGAGAGAGCAGCAAAAGGCAUGUGCAUAACGACGCGUGCCAUGGUGGAACAACGUAUGGUACAGUAGCUUCGUAA